AUGUCCAGUGGUUACAGGUCAACAAAACCCGGUAACCCCGAAUUUGACGAAGCUUCCCAAAAAGAACUCGCCAAAUUUCUCGAAGGAGAGAAUGCCAAAAUGCGCCUUCAGCAAUCGAUUCACACUUUUACUGAUCUCUGUUGGGAUAAAUGUAUCACCAAGAUUAGUAACAAGAUUGAUCGUGGAGAAGAGACCUGCCUGCCUAUUCAUAGUCAAAAGAUUGGAGGAGAUACGAAAUCGGUGAACCGAUACUCGGGAGCAUGUAAUGCAAAAAUAUUAGAACGAUUGGAAAUCAAGCAUGAAUCUCUCUACACAUUUCCUUACGCUGUACAUUUUACUAUCACAAUAAAACAAUGCCUGAAUGGCAUCAAUUAA